AGGUGAAUAUAAGAGGUCCCGCAGCCCCACCUGGCCUUCAUAGCAAACCUAGCAUAGACCCACACACACAUCUACUAGAGCUCACGUCCACUGGUCUGGCUAGCCUUCACCCAAGAACCCGUUGAGGAGAUCUCAUCAAGACGACAACACUUCAGAGGGGGAUUGAACACAUAACCACCUGCACAAAAAAAACAGCUAACUACUAACCAUGAAUCUCGAGGUCCCCAAGUUGGAGAUCAAGUCUGCCACCCGUGUCACCGGGGGCCCUGCCACGCCACGCAAGGGACCCCCUAAAUUCAAGCAGAGACAGACUCGCCAGUUCAAGAGCAAGCCCCCCAAGAAGGGAAUCCAGGGCUUUGGUGAUGAUAUCCCUGGAAUGGAGGGUUUAGGCACUGAUAUCACAGUCAUCUGCCCCUGGGAGGCCUUCAACCACCUGGAGCUUAGCGAGCUGGCCAAGUAUGGUAUCAUCUAAAUCUUUCAGACCUCCACCAUCCAUCCCACAAUCCUCUACUUCCACCUCCAUCUACUUACAACCAAAGAUUGUGGAUACAUGAAGAUAGUUCACUCAAGCAGUUUACUAUUGUAAAAAAUAUUAAAUGUUCCCGUCUGUGUAAGUGGGUGUUCCCUCUCUUUCGUGAGCAUGCUUUCCCGCGUAAGCUCACAGUUCCUCCAUAAUAACUGGCAUGUACACACGAGAAAGGAAACAGCUGGCUCUGGUUUAGUUAUUGUCUCUGAGCUAGAUAGAUGUCUCACUCUGGGGCACCCCCUCCGCAGGGUGGGGGCAAUAACUAGACCAGAAUGUCCCAACCCCAAUCAGCAAAAAAUGAAGGUGGGAUGUGUCGCUUUCUCUACCGUCUCUGUUCAAACCAUCCAUCGGCCCCCAGCCCUCUCACUGUGUUUGACUGAAACUAUCAAAACAUAUACCAAAGUGAAGAACCCCACCCCCCACCCCUCCCCCCAAAAAGGAAA